GGAUUAACAAUCUUUGAAACGCAAAACUUUCUCUUGGUUUCUUGGAUUUUUGCUGCUUGGUGAUCUUCAAUGGCUGGACGGCGCCUCGCGUUCUACUCUCCGUCGACUCCUGUGCCUCCUGUGCCUGGAUGCGAUGGACCUGUGUCGGGAAGUCUGCAGACUGAUGAGAGAAAACUGCUGUCUGCUCUCAGUGGGUUGUCUCUUCAGAUUGCAGAGCUGACUACGUUCGUAACCGACAGAUUCAACUCUAUGGACGACAGAUUCAACACCGUGGAAGACAGAUUCAACACCGUGGAAGACAGAUUGACUGCUUUGGAGGGACGUAACUUUGGGGAAAACGCAAACUCCAGGAAGAAAAGACGGGUGCAGAGUCCCAUGAUUGCGGAAACAGUAUGCUGUCUUCACAACUCGGAGACAAACACUAGGCGAUACGAGCCGGCGCAAGGACUAACUUUGCCUCAUAACGAAGCCGUGACAAGCUAUUUAGUGCGGGCUUUGUCAACAAAUCCAAAUCUUCAUGAUGCUGACAAAGACAACAUUGUGUCUGCCUGCAAGACGUAUUACGAAACCUUAAGCAGGAGCUACAGGUACCAGCAGCCUGAUCUUUCGUUGCAGGUGGAAGCAAUGAAGAAGUCGGCUCGUAGUCGCUCCAGAAGAAAGAGGCUGUUUGACGCGAGACGAGGUGUCCUUGCUAUGGACGAGAUGGAUGUAUGGCAGUGUGCUACCAUAGACCUGAUGUCGGAUGAGGAAGAUGGGGUGGUGGAUGGGGUAUCUGGGUGGAUUGUUAAGCCUCUGCCGUCCUGUAACCCGGAGCUCAGCGAACUCUGUGCUACGCUGCAAUCAAGGCUUGAGGCAGAUCCGAAGUACAGGGCAACCCACCACAGACGACUGCAUGUUGGUCCGAUGCCGCCUGCUCCCCACAGCUCAGAGACCACAAGCAUGCACUUCACGGAGUUGCAGGACUAAAAUACGGCACUUAUUUGCUUUUGUUUAGUUUUGUAUCCUGCACAUCUCUCUUGCACUAGGCUAUUUAUCACUGAAUGUACAGUAUAGGCAACUACUGUUUGUCUUUGACCGAAUGCUGCCAUUUUGUUUAUU